CUGGGAGCUGUUGCUUGGAGACAGGAGAAGCCGGGAGUCCAGGCGGCGGCGGCGGGGCUCGGCGGGACCCUGGUGCUGAGGGACCGAUAGCCCCAGCCGGCAGCCAGUGGCAUGGCGGAUCCCUCCGGAGACCCCCCGCCCGAGGCUCAGGGGUCCCCCCCUUCGGAGCAGAGCUCCGAGCGGCUAGGCCAGGACCACCCACCCGGCCAGGGACCCUACCAGCCCACCGAGCCCGGCCAGGAGCCCCCACCUGCUCAGGGGCCAUACCAGCCCACCCAGCCCGGCCAGGGCCCCUACCAGCCCACCGAGCCCGGCCAGGAGCCCCCACCUGCUCAGGGGCCAUACCAGCCCACCCAGCCCGGCCAGGGCCCCUACCAGCCCACCGAGCCCGGCCAGGAGCCCCCACCUGCUCAGGGGCCAUACCAGCCCACCCAGCCCGGCCAGGGCCCCUACCAGCCGACCCAGCCUGGUCAGGGGACCCCACCUGCCCAGGGGCCAUACCAGCCCACCCAGCCUGGCCAGGGCCCCUACCAGCUGACCCAGCCUGGUCAGGGGACCCCACCUGGCCAGGGCCCCUACCAACCCUCUCAAACAGGACAAUCUCCUUAUGAACCUUAUGAAUCUGGACAAGCCCCUUAUCAACCUCACCAGCCGGGCCAGGAUACCACACCAGGUCAAGCUCCCUAUCAGCCUCACCAACCAGGACAAUCUGCCUAUGAAGCCCGUCAAGUGGGACCCUUAUCACAAGAGCUGAGACAAAGCAUCUAUCAGCCACAUGCGCCAGGACUAGAACCGUACCAACCACAAGAGCCGAGACGAAGCAUAUAUCAGCCACAUGCCCUGGGACAAGACCCCUAUCAGCUACAGGAACCAAGAGGAAGCCUUUAUCAGCAACAAGAACCUAUGCUUGGUCCCUAUCAGCCUUUUGUAUCUGGACAUGGCCCUUAUCAACCACACGAACCAGGCUAUGGCCUUUAUCAGCCAGGAUACAGCCCAUAUGAGGAUGAAAUACCUGAUCCUGAACCUAGAGCACUGGCAAUCCAGAAUGCAAAGGCCUAUCUAAUGAAGAGCAGCACAAAGUCUGGCCUGAACUUAUAUGAUCAUCUUGCUCACAUGCUGACCAAGAUCUUGGAUGAACGCCCUAUAAAUGCAGUAGAUAUCAUUGAGAAUAUCAGUAAGGAUGUGAAAUGGGCUCAGUUCCAGAAAAAAAUGGACACCCUCCGUGAUGAGCAUGAAAUGCUUCCAACAUAUGAGCUGGCAGAGAAAUAUAAGGCUCUGUUCCUCAAGGGGACAGGAGAGGGAGGAGAUCAAGAGCCAGAAGAGGAAAUAACAGAUAGCCCUCUACCCAAUGUGAUGGAGACAGCCUUCUAUUUUGAACAGGCUGGAGUCGGCUUGAGCAUGGAGGAAAACUACCAUAUAUUCCUUGCCCUCAAGCAGCUCGUUAGCAUGCAGCCAAUCCAGACAUGUCGCUUCUGGGGCAAGAUCUUGGGCCUGGAGAUGAACUAUAUCGUGGCUGAAGUGGAGUACCGUGAGGGGGAAGAGGAGGAGGAGAUAGAGGAGGAAGAAGUGAUUGAGGAGGGGGGGAAAGAGGGGAGUGAGGACAAAGAUGAAGAAGAAGAUGAAGAGAAAGAAGAAGAUGAGCCACCAAAGUCCACCUAUAAACCCCCACCAGUGGUCCCAAAAGAAGAAAACCGGACUGGCACCAAUAAGUUUAUCUAUUUUGUCUGUAAUGAGCCAGGUAAACCCUGGGUGAAGUUACCUCCAGUGACACCAGCGCAAAUUGUGGCUUCCAGGAAAAUCAAGAAGUUCUUCACUGGAAGGCUGGAUGCUCCUAUUGUGAGCUAUCCACCUUUCCCAGGGAAUGAGGCCAAUUACCUGCGUGCACAGAUCGCUCGGAUCUCAGCAGGGACCCAGAUCAGUCCACUGGGGUUCUACCAGUUUGGAGAGGAGGAAGGGGAUGAAGAGGAGGAGGGGGGAGGAGGAAGAGACACAUAUGAAGAAAAUCCUGACUUUGAGACCAUUAGUGUGAUGGAACUUGUGGAUUCCAUUUCCAACUGGGUGCACCAUGUACAGAAUAUUCUAAUGCAGGGCCGCUGUUCCUGGAUUAACCCCUCUCAAAAGUCAGAGGAAGAAGAAGAAGAAGGUGAGGAAGAGGAAAAAGCAGAAGAGCCAGAUGAACCACGGCCAGAAGUGGGACCCCCUCUUCUGACUCCACUCUCUGAAGAUGCAGAAAUUCAGAACAUUCCUCCUUGGACAUCUCAGUUAUCCACAAACCUGGUUCCUCAAUAUGCCAUUGCAGUCCUUCAAUCCAACCUGUGGCCUGGAGCGUACUCCUAUGCUAUCGGCAAGAAAUUUGAUAAUAUCUAUCUGGGGUGGGGUCACAAAUACAGUCCAGAUAACUACUCACCCUCGAUGCCCCCACCAGUGCAGACAGAGUACCCAAGUGGGCCAGAAAUCACUGAAAUGAAUGACCCUACUGUGGAAGAGGAGCAGGCACUCAAGGCUGCACAGGAAGAAGCUUUGGCUGCAGCUGAGGAAAUGGAUGAGAUAGAGGAAGAAGAAGAGGAAGAUGAGGAUGAUUAAAAUGCUACAAGAAUCAGAUUUGUAUAAAAGUUCUUCUAAAAAAUAAUACAUCAUUUUAAUAUAUUUAGUAUAUUAACCAAGUCAAUCUAAAAAUAAAUGUUUAUUUAAACUA